AUGAAGGCCCCGGAUCAUAUUGAUGGUAGAUUUAGGCUGGAAGAUAUUUUGGGGUCCGGUUCAUAUGCUGUUGUGUACCGUGCACAGAACUUUCUCAAUGAUGAUGUUGUUGCUAUCAAACUUGAACCGGUCACCAAAAACCCAUCUUCUGUGGAGCAUGAACACGACAUUCUAAAGCAACUUGAAGGUGGAGUUGGGAUUCCCCGUGCCAUUUGGUUUGGCAGGGAGUCAACAUAUUAUGCCUUGGCUCUCGACCUCCUUGGGCCAUCACUGUAUGAUCUCUUCCUUGCAUGCAACCGCAAAUUUAGCCUUCAAACUGUUGUGAACCUAGGAGACCAGCUGCUGUCGCGUCUUGAGUACAUUCACUCACAUGCCUUUGUUCAUGGGGAUAUCAAACCGCAUAACGUUUUGGUGGACAAUUCAAUGCAAACUACCUAUAUCAUCGAUUUCGGUAUCGUGAAGAAGUACUGGAAUUUUGCAACCGAAUCACACAUCCCGUUUCGCCGAGGUCGACAUCUUACAGGCACCCCUGCCUUUGCUUCAAUCAACAAUCACCUGGGAUUGGAGCCGGGUCGUCGUGACGAUCUCGAAUCACUUUCUUACAUGUUGAUAUAUUUUUUGCGCGGCUCCCUUCCAUGGCUAAAUAGUGACCAUGAGAGGCUUUCCAGCUCCGUGAUACUCGAGCACAAAGUGGAUACCACCAUUGCUGAUUUAUGUGAUGGAAUUCCUGCUGUAUUCGCCAAUAUUCUUGUCUACUCGCGUUCUCUCUCAUUCUCAGAGGAUCCCGAUUAUGACCAUCUUCGUUCUUUGCUUCACGAUCUUCGCACUGCAGGGCCCGCACCAGCUACACACUCCCUGAAUUUUGAUUGUCACAUCACGCCUUCCCCUCAAUGUCCUCAAGUCACUGAAUCGGUGCCCCUAUGCCUGCCGAAGGCAAUGCCUCUUCAUAGAUCAACUCGUGUGUAA